AUGGAGGACUUGAGUUUCGUUCCCGACCUCCCGAGCGGGCCUCUGGAUAAGUACAGAAAAACUGCUUCCUUCGACUGGAAACGCCUCAAGUUGGCGCUGGAAGGUGAUAUUGAGCUCCUGAAACUCAAGUACAAAAUAUGGCAGACGCUGGAGAAGGAUCCGCUGUUCGCACACAACACGGUGAGCCCGUCAGUCGAGGAACAGAAACGUAUCACUCAACUGCAGCUCAAGAAAAUAAACGAGUACAAAUUCCACACUAAAGAAAUGGUCAACUCUAGUUAUAGUCGAAGGACACGCACAAUAAUGACAAUAAACGAGGCGGUGCAGUCUCUCAACCCCAGCGUCUCAGUCAAGAUGGCGAUCGGCAUAUAUUUGUUUUCAAAUGCCUUGCUAUCCCUCGGCACUGAGCGGCACCACAAGUUCUACGAAGCUACCUUUGUUAAUCGAGAGACUUUAGCAAGUUUCGCGCUAACGGAGAUCGCGCACGGUUCGGACGCGCGCCUGAUGCGCACGACGGCGACGUACGACCCGGAACACAAGCAGUUCGUCAUUCACACGCCUGACUUCGAAGCGGCUAAAUGCUGGGUUGGUAAUCUAGGUAGAACAUGCACACACACAUUGCUGUUCGCUCAGCUGAUCACACCAGACGGCACCAACCACGGUCUACAUGGGUUCCUGGUACCCAUCCGCAACCCUGAAACUCUGGAGACAUAUCCUGGUCUCAUUGUAGGAGACAUGGGCGAGAAGAUUGGCGUCAAUGGAAUUGAUAAUGGUUUCAUAAUGUUCAACCAGUACCGGAUACCCCGGGAGAACCUCCUCAACCGUACAGCUGACGUCACGGAGGAGGGUAUCUACGAGUCCUCAUUCUCAGAUCCCUCCAAAAUCCUGGGAGCCGCCCUUGAGAACCUCUCAGCAGGUCGUAUAGGCAUAAUGCAGGAGAGCUGCCACUCGAUAGCGAGCGCGGUUUCCAUAGCGAUCCGGUACGCGGCGACGCGUGCGCAGUUCGGGGAGAGAGACAACGAGAUCUCACUCAUCGAGUACGAGUUACAUCAAUGGCGUCUGUUCGGAUACGUAGCAGCCGCAGUAGUGUUCAGGAUGUACAUAGAGAAUUUCAGCAGGGUAUACUUAAACAUCGUCGAGAAAUCCAACGCCGGCCUCAAAGUCGAUAACUUGAGCGAGGCAGUGUCAGAGAUCCACGCGAUGGUAUCGUGCAGCAAGCCACUGCUGACGUGGACAGUCCUCGCCGCCGCGCAGCAGUGCAGGGAGGCCUGCGGGGGACACGGGUACCUUAAAUGCUCAAAUCUGGGCGACAUCCGCAGCAACCACGAGGCAACAGUGACAUACGAAGGCGACAACAAUGUGCUAUCGCAACAGACAGGCAACUGGUUACUGAGACAGUUUGACGCGGCGCGUAAUGGCGGCACUGUCGACUCUCCACUCAAUACAGUCACCUUUUUAAAAGAUUGGGAGCGAUGCCUAGCCGUCAGGUUCCGGUGUAGAACGACAGAUGAGCUCAAAAGUAGAGAGUUUAUAACAUCAACAUACAGAUGGCUUAUAUGUUGGCUUCUGAAGGAGACACAUGAUAAAUAUGAGUCAGAAAUAGCCAAAGGUCUGUCAAAGUUCGAAGCCCGUGCGAGAUCACAAGUUUACAAAUGGAGAGAGCUAACGAAGUCGUAUGCUGAGUACUUAGCGAUAAUAUUCUUCUUGGAGUCUAUGGACAAGAAGGAAGAUGGUUUGAAGCCAGUGCUGCACAAGUUGUUCUGUCUAUACGGGCUCUGGUCUCUGGACCAGCAUUUAGUAGAAUUGUAUCAGGGAGGAUAUUCACAGGGUGAAUCACUAGCACGGUUAUUGCGUGACGCGAUAUUGGAGUUAUGCGCUGAGCUGAAGGGAGAGGUGGUCAGCAUAGUGGACGCGCUCGCACCCACUGACUUCGUGCUCAACUCUGUGCUCGGGAAGAGCGAUGGGAAGCUCUACCAGAACAUACAGAAGGCGUUCUUCAGCCACCCCGGAGCGUUCGAGCGCGCCCCCUGGUGGCGCGAGGUGGUCACACUGCCGCGCUCCAAGAUAUAA